CAAAAUAGACAACUGUAAUAUGGAUUUUUUAUUUUGGAUAUAAUAUCUCUGAAGAAGACAACAGAAAGAAAACACUAUUUCCCUAUUACAUAUAGUCGUUGAGAAGAAGAGUGGCCUUGGAAUUGGUGAUCAAAUUAAAGCAAAUGGCAAUAAUUGAAGCUCCACCAGCUUUGCUUGUUUCAGUUCUUCUCCUCUUUCCAUUGCUUAUUGCGUUAAUACAGAAAUGUGUCCAAAAACAAAACAAGAACCUUCCUCCAAGCCCUCCAAAGCUCCCUUUCAUAGGCAAUUUACACCAGCUUGGUUCAUUGCCUCACCAAUCUUUAUGCCAACUCUCCAAGAAAUAUGGCUCAGUUAUGCUUCUUCACCUUGGAAAUGUGCCAAGUGUUAUUAUAUCAUCUGCUGAGGCUGCAAAACAAGUCAUGAAGACUCAUGAUCUCAGCAGUUGCAGCAGACCUCAAUUGCAUGGUCCUAAGCAACUGACAUACAAUUUUCAAGACUUGGCAUUUUCACCUUAUGGAAAAUAUUGGAGAGAGCUUAGGAAGAUUUAUGUGCUUGAGGUGUUCAGUGUGAAAAGGGUAAAUUCAUACAAUCAGUUAGUUAGAGAAGAGGAAGUUGCUAAGUUGGUCAACUCCAUAUCUCAUCAUUCCUCAUCUUCUCCUGGUGCUGCUGUUGAUCUUACUAAGAAGUUGUAUGCUCUUACAGCUAGCAUAAUUUUCAGGACUGCUUUUGGGACAACAUUUAAAGAUAGUAAAUUUUCUGAGGAGAAAUUGUAUAAAAUACUUGAAGAAGUUGUAAUCAGUGUGGGAAGUUUCUGUGCAGCUGAGUACUUUCCAUAUGUGGGAUGGAUCGUUGACAAGCUUUCGGGCUUACAGCGAAGACGGGACAGGACUUUUCAUGAGAUGGAUGGUUUCUUCCAAAGGGUGAUUGAUGAUCAUCUCAGUCCAGGGAGAGAAAAACAAGAGCAUGAAGACAUUGUUGAUGUGCUUCUCAAAAUAGUGAAAGAGCAAACUGGUUUUGGAGCCAUUUCUCUAACCAUAAACAAUAUCAAGGCAGUCCUCCUUGAUAUGUUUGUAGGUGGGAUAGAUACUGCUGCAAUUACUAUGGUGUGGGCAAUGGCAGAGCUAGUGAGGAGACCUAAAUUAAUGAAAAAGGCACAAGAUGAAGUUAGAACUUUCAUUGGAAACAAAGGAAAUGUCUCAGAAUGUGACAUUGAGCAGCUUCAAUACCUCAAAAUGAUAAUGAAAGAAACUCUUAGAUUGCACCCUCCAGCUGCUAUAAUUGUUCCAAGAGAGACCAUGUCACACUUCACUGUCAAUGGUUAUGAUAUUAACCCAAAAACAAUGAUUCAAGUGAAUGCUUGGGCAAUUGGAAGAGACCCCAACAGCUGGAAGGACCCUGAAGAGUUCAUCCCAGAGAGAUUUGAGGAUAGUCCUAUUGAUUUCAAAGGUCAACAUUUUGAGCUGUUGCCAUUUGGAUCUGGGAGAAGGACAUGUCCUGCCAUGUACAUGGGAACAACAAUAGUUCAAUUAGGCCUUGCAAAUCUCUUAUACAGCUUUGACUGGAAAUUGCCUGAUGGAAUGAAAGAGCAAGAUAUCAACAUGGAUGAGUUUGCUGGUUUCUCUCUUACCAUCUCCAAGAGAACUCCUCUCAAGCUUGUCCCAGAGAAGCCCUUCUAAAAUUAAAUCUACUACUUAUAAUAAAUAAUGCAAUAUAUAUAUAUAAAUUGAAUUCACUACUUAAGUGAACAAGUUUUAUGAUUCUCUUUGAAUUGAAAAUGUACCAUGAUGACUCCAGCAAGUGUUGUACCUUACUUUGAGUUUGUGUUAAGACAUCAUAUUGUGUGUAGAACGCAAGGAAAUGUUGAAUUCUAAACUAAGGUGUGGUUUGGUUGGAGGUAAUGAAAUUGAAUGGAAUGGAAAGGAAACAAUUUUCAUUCUUUUCUUUUAUUUGGUGGCA